GUUUACCGUGACCAGAUGAUACAGUCUAUGGACAGGACGCGUGUAACUAUGCGACAGACGCAACUGUAUGACGUUUACGCGUCACGACGGUCGACAACGUAGUGCAUCAUGGCGGCGCCCCACUCCACCAUGAAAUUCUGGAAACCCGGCUCAGAGGCUCCAGGUGUGUGUGAGGAGAGAGAUCUGUGCACUGACACCGCCAGCUCCCCCAUCAUCUAUAACCCACACACGGCGCUCUCCAUAGAGAAACAGAGGCAGAGGCUGCCCGUCUUCAAGCACAGAAACAACAUCCUUUAUCUGGUGGAGAGUUUCCAGACUGUGGUGAUUGUUGGAGAAACAGGAUCUGGAAAAAGCACACAAAUCCCACAGUAUCUGCUGGAGGCGGGAUGGGCGGCGGACGGGAAGGUGAUCGGCGUGACUCAGCCGCGGCGAGUGGCUGCCACAUCUGUGGCCGGUCGCGUGGCGGAGGAGCGGGGGGCGUAUCUGGGGCAUGAGGUGGGCUACAGCAUCCGCUUCGAUGACUGCUCUGACCCGCACGCCACACGCAUUAAGUUUCUGACGGACGGGAUGUUAGUUCGGGAGAUGAUGUCUGACCCGCUGUUGAAGAAGUACAGUGUGAUAAUGCUGGAUGAAGCUCACGAGCGAACACUUUACACUGACAUCACCAUUGGCCUCCUGAAGAAGAUUCAGAAGAAGCGCAGAGACCUGCGUUUGAUCGUAGCUUCAGCCACUUUGGAUGCCAAGAAAUUCCACGAUUUCUUCGACCUAAAUGAGUCUGGAGACCCAAAUAAAGACACCUGUGCGAUUCUGACGGUGGAGGGCCGAACUUUCCCGGUGGAUAUUUUCUACACUGUCAGUCCUGUGCCAGACUAUGUGAAGGCUACGGUGGAAACCGUGAUGAAGAUCCACGAGACGGAGGAUGAUGGAGAUGUGCUGGCCUUUCUCACAGGACAGGAGGAGGUGGAGAAGGUGGUGUCUAUGCUCCAGGAACAGGCCCGGACUUUGUCCCGUUACGGGAUGAAGAAGCACCUGUGUGUGCUGCCCAUGUAUGCGGGCCUGCCCUAUAAUGAGCAGAUGAGAGUGUUCGAGAGGAUGUCCCCUACUGUCAGAAAGGUGGUGGUCGCCACCAAUAUAGCCGAGACGUCCAUCACCAUUAACGGCGUGGUGUUUGUGAUCGACUGUGCGUUUGUGAAGCUGAGGGCAUAUAAUCCACGCACGGCGAUAGAGUCACUGAUCAUUACGCCCAUCUCUAAAGCCUCCGCCUGUCAGAGAGCCGGGAGAGCCGGGAGAAACCGCGCAGGGAAGUGUUUCCGGCUCUACACAGAGGAGGACUUUGAGAAGUUGCCCGAGUCAACGGUUCCUGAGAUGCAGCGCUCGAAUCUGGCUCCGGUCAUCCUGCAGCUCAAAGCUCUGGGCAUCGACAAUGUGCUGCGAUUCAGCUUCCUGUCUCCUCCUCCUGCUCAGUCCAUGGUCCAGGCCCUGGAGCUGCUCUACGCUCUCGGAGGUCUGGAUCAGUACGGCCGUCUCACUGACCCCAUGGGGGUGCGAAUGGCCGAGUUUCCCCUCAGCCCCAUGUUUGCCAAGAUGCUGCUGGAAUCAGGAAACUUCGGCUGCUCUAAGGAGAUCGUCACUAUAGCAGCCAUGAUGCAAAUACAGAACAUUUUUGUAGCGCCGCACAACCAGAAGAAAUCAGCUGCGCGGGAGCGCAGGAAGUUCGCUGUGGCCGAGGGCGAUCAUCUCACCAUGCUGAAUGUUUACGAGGCUUUCAUAAAGCAUCAGAAGAGCUCGCAGUGGUGUCAGGAUCAUUUCCUCAACUACAAAGGGCUCCUCCGGGCCGUGGCUGUGCGCGAGCAGCUGCGAUACCUCCUCAACAAGUUCAAGGUGCCUCGGACCUCCAGUGAAGGUGAUCCGGAUGUGAUUCUCAGAUGUAUUGUGUCUGGUUUUUUUGCAAAUGCCGCCCGAAUGCAUCACUCCGGCUCCUACAGGACUCUCCGUGAUGACAGGGAACUGUUCAUUCACCCUGAUUCGGUGCUGUAUGGAGAAAAGCCCCCAAAAUGGGUGGUCUUCAACGAGGUGGUUCAGACCAGCAAGUACUACAUGCGUGACGUGACGGCGGUCGAGUCCUCCUGGCUGGUGGAGCUGGCGCCUCACUUCUAUAAACAGGCCAAGCACGGGUCUCUGAACAGCAAGCGGGCCAAAGUCUUCUGAGCUCAGCUACAUCCACACUUCCAGGUUUUUGCUGAACAGCUGGCCAUAGAUAGAGGAAGAUCUUAAGGAACCGCUCCUCUAAAACUAAAGGAACUAUUAAGUACACACAUGCACACUUUAGUGUUUAUUGCAGCUGGAAGGCAAAAGGAACAGUGUGGUAUUUUGUAUAUACAAAUGUAUGUGAUACAUUUAUGCGGUCAUGGUCAUCUUUGUAUUAUUUAACAGCCAUUGGAAUAACUUGACUGUGAUUUUGUUGUUUACUGUUUGAGAGUGAGAGAAUGACUGGAUGGAUGGAUGGAUAGAUAUUGAUGAUUUACAGCUUUACAACAUCGCACGAAGCCCUACCCUCAACAGUAACCAUAAUAUUACUAUAAUAAGCUACUUUGUACCAGUUAUUUCAAACCCUCAUGGGAGAAAUACUGUGUAGCUCAAACGUAGUGGCCUUUUAACCAUUAUGUGCCAAAUAUUAUAAAUCCGUAGAACAUUUCCUGAUGUAUGUGGAAUGUGAAAUGAAUUGUAGUUACACUGUCAGCAUGAGACAAAAAAGUGCCAUUUUUUAAUAUUAUAUAUAUAUAGGUCCCCAUAAAGUAGCCUUGUUAUGCACCUCUGGCCUAAAAACUGUGUUAUUAGGUGUAAUUAUUCAUUUCAUAGUGUAGUGUAAGAUCUCAUUUAGGAAAGAUCAGCCAUGACUUGUUCAGUGUGGUGAGUGAAUAGCACAGCGAAUGAGACGCCUCAGGGAGGAGCUUCUUUCUUAUUAAAGUAAAUGGGGUGCUAACUGUGGAUAUGGCAACCCUUCUCAGGCCACGCCUCUUCUGGGCGUGGCGUUUAAUAGGAAGGCUGAGGUGCCAAUCAUGUGGGUGGAGGCGGAGCCUCUGUCAUAAUGUGAUGUUUUGACAACGUUUGUGAUGUUUUAGUUUUACUGUGACAUGUUGGUCCCUGCAUAGUUUAUUAUAUCCCAAAAAAUUUAAUUAAAAUCUACAUUCAAGGUUACUUCUGUAACAUUAUUACCAAAUGUCUUCAAGACAACACACAUGGUUAUAGAGUAUAUGUAGUCGGUAGCCUUGAGUAGUGUAGAUUUAGCUGCUGACAGAGUCCUGUGCAGUCUUAUUGAUAGCAGUUUAAACGUUCUUGCAUGUCUUUAAACAAUACAGAUCUCACGAAGUUUCACAGCAGUGCGGUUAUUUGUGGAGGAAAUCAAAUAAUCAUACCUUACUCUGACUCUGUCCAGAUGUGCUGCUCCAGAGCUCUGUGUGGCAGAGAGUCAAAUAAAGUCUGAUGUUCACUGUAAAAACACGUGUCGAGUCUCUACUGAGGUCUGUUUUACAUAGAAUAAAGAAGGAAACUGGAAAACUAUGCGGUUUGGAUUUGUAUAAAAGUGUCCAUGUGAUGCUGGUAAAUAUUAAAACUGCUUCAUGUUUUAGGACUUGACACUCAAAUACAGGCUACAAAUAAUAGCAAAGAUAU